AUGUUUAUCCCAGAAAAAAUAUUGACAGAUCUUAGGAAAAUGAUUCCUCCACUCCUGGAUCAUUUUCAUAAGGGCCAAGCAGGUAGAAUUGGUAUUAUUGGUGGCUCAGAGAAGUUUUAUAGGAACUUUUUAAGAAAUUCUUUAAUAUUUGGCAGUUAUACAGGCGCUCCUUUUUUUUCCUGUAUGUCUUCUAUGCUUUUUGGCGCAGAUCUUGGAUAUAUAAUAUGUGAACCUGGUGCAGGAAAAGUAAUUAAGACAUAUUCACCAGAUUUAAUUGUUUGUCCUAUGAUGAGGCUCUCUACUUGUAAUUUAAAGGACGUUUCUAGCAAAAUAGUGUCAAAUAUUUCUCAGUUAUUAGACCGUUUACAUGUUAUUGUUGUUGGACCAGGUCUUGGAAGAGAUCCUUUAAUGUUGGAAACAGCAUCUGGUGUAAUUGUAGAAGCUAGAAAGCGGAAAAUUCCUAUAGUAAUUGAUGCUGAUGGUUUUUAUUGUAUACAAGAUAAUCCAGAAAUUAUUAUGGGAUAUAGGAAUUGUGUUUUGACUCCAAAUGUUGCAGAAUUUUCGAGACUUUGUCAUAGAUUUCAUCUAGAUGAAAAUAGCUCUUGUCAAAAUCUUGCUAAUAAUCUUGGUGGGGUCACUAUUUUGAAAAAAGGAAGAAUAGACGAUAUUUCUAAUGGUUCAAAGAUAUUUAAUGUCAAUAUAAGAGGUAGUCUUAGACGGUGUGGUGGCCAGGGAGAUGUUCUUGCAGGUAUACUUUCAACAUUUUUGGCAUGGAGAAAGGCAUAUUUGGAAAAUUUAUGGGAUCAUGAUAAAUCUCUUAAUGAAGAUGAAUUAUUAAUGUUAGCAUCGUAUGGAGCAGCAUUUGCAACACGUUAUUGUUCUUAUCUUGCAUUCAAACGAAAAAAAAGAACGAUGAGAGCUAGUGAUUUGAUGGAUGUUAUAGGAGAUGCAUAUGAAUUGUUAUCUGAAGGUGAUAUAUCUAAUAUUUAA